AUGUUUUUGCGACGUUGUACAAUUUACCUCAUCGUUUUGCUGCUUGUUGCAAGCACUGCAUCCGCGGCACGUAAAACCAAACGUCCGGUUAAGCCGGCCAAAACAUUUCCCCGCACCAAUAUAACACCUGCGACACCAGCAGCAGCAGCAGCAGCAGCGGCAGCACUACCAGCAGGCGCCGCCGUCGCCGGUGCAGCAGCAGCGUCAGUAGCCGCCGGCGCCUCAGGUGUUACAGCGCCACAACUGGCUGCAACGACACCGGCAGUCAGUGCUGGUGUUAGCCCCACACCUGCGCCAACAAGCCUCGGCUUGGCGGCAAGCAGCACUUUAGCAACACCAACACAAAUCGGUAGCGGUAAUUAUGCCGGCAGCGCUGCAGGCGAUGAUAGCACCGGAAGCGACGGUUAUGCGCUGGGUAAUAAUGAGUUGCCCAAACCGAUGACGCCGCUGGCGGAGGCAAGCACCGGCAGCUCGGGCGCUGCUUCAGCAUCCACCUCGGCUGAGGGUAAAACAGACCGCCCAUCGGCAACUUUAUCGCCAAUCGAGGAGGAUUGCGAUCCGGAUAUGAUUGGAUUUGAGAUUAUCACUGGUUAUGUUCUCUCGGCGCCAACAAAAUUACUUGACACGCUGCCCGGCAUACUGAUGCUGACUGAUUGCUUGGAGGCAUGCCAGGCGAACGAAUCAUGCAGUGCAGUUAAUUACGAGACCGGUCUAUGUGUAUUAUUCAAAACCACCGCUGAUGUAUUGCCAGGUUCACUUUCGCGUUCACAAUUUCCAGUUUUCACAAUUUACGCACAGAAAUCCUGUUUGGGCGUACGUCCUUGCUCGAAGGCCUGGUGCAUUGAUCGCGUUCAAGGUUAUCGUCUAGUGGAGCAUGUCAAAUCUAGCCAGACUGUCUACUCGCGCCGUGACUGCCUGGAAUUGUGCUUGGGCGAGACUGAAUUUACGUGCAGAUCCGCUAACUUCUACCGUCACUCUGGCUUGUGUGAACUCUCCGAUAUGGAUCGUAUUACUUUGACUGGCGCCAAUAAUGUGGAGCCCUAUGAUGGUGCUGAUUAUUUGGAAAACAAUUGCGCCGAGGAGCCAAGCAAGUUAUGUGAAUUCAAACGCAUUUCAGGCAAAAUUUUGAAGACCGUCGACUCUGUGUACCAGGAUAUCAACAGCAUUGAUGAAUGCCGUGAUUUGUGCUUGAACUCACCAUACAGAUGCCACUCUUACGACUACAACGAUACUGGCGAUAUGGUCUGCCGCCUCUCUCACCACAGCCGCGCUACACUCACCGAUGUGCUUGACCCUUACCUAGACGUGCCAGAAGCUGCCACUUAUGAGCUCUCAUCCUGUUACAAUGUCUCCAUUGAAUGCCGCUCCGGCGAAAUGAUCACCAAAAUUCGCACCUCCAAACUCUUCGAUGGUAAGGUAUACGCCAAGGGCUCACCCAAAUCUUGCUCGGUUAAUGUGAACAACUCACUCGAGUUUGAUUUCCGCAUGGGCUACAAUGAUCUCGAGUGCAAUGUGCGUCAAAGUGCUUAUGGCCGUUACAUGAACGACAUUGUCAUCCAACAUCACGAUAUGAUUGUCACCUCUUCCGAUUUGGGUUUGGCUGUUUCUUGUCAAUAUGAUCUGACCAAUAAGACGGUGUCGAAUGAUGUGGACUUGGGCGUUACCGGCGAAAUUGAAUCAUCACUGAGCGAAGAGAUCAUCAUUGACUCACCGAAUGUGAUCAUGAAGAUCACUUCACGCGAUGGCAGCGACAUGAAACGUAUUGCUGAGGUUGGUGAUCCGUUGGCCCUUCGCUUUGAAAUUGUCGAACAGAACAGUCCUUAUGAGAUCUUUGUCCGCGAAUUGGUUGCUAUGGAUGGUACAGAUAAUGCUGAGAUUACGCUGAUCGAUGCCAAUGGUUGUCCCACAGAUCAAUACAUUAUGGGCGCCGUACAAAAGUUGUCUCACAACCGCAAAGUGCUCGUCUCACAAUUUGAUGCUUUCAAGUUCCCCUCGUCGGAGGUGGUGCAAUUCCGUGCACUGGUCACACCCUGUAUACCACGCUGCGAUCCAGUGAUCUGUGACAAUGAAGAUGCAGUUAUGGACGGUGCGGAUGCCAAGUCGUUGGUCUCCUAUGGACGUAGACGCCGUUCGGUGGCCAAUGGAACUGACGGAGCUGAAUUCCUUUUGAGUACCCUGGCGCAUGCGCAACGCUACAGACGCGAUGUGAACGGCGGCAGCAAUAGCAACAACAAUGUUAGCGACAACAAAAAGCCAGCCGUCGACGAUAAUAUACUGUUGGUGCAAUCCAUUCAAAUCACCGAUAAAUUUGGCUUCAAUCAAGAGGAUGCCGACGCGUUGGGCGCCGAACACAAAGUCUAUGCUGGAAUCGGCGAUGAUGCGCUCACCUGCCUGAAUGGUUAUGGUCUUAUUGUUGCCGGCGCUGUGUUCCUCUUGGCCCAAUUCACCAUUUACAUCAUCUGGAAAACCGUGCAAAAGCGCUCGAAGAAGGAACGUUAUCUCUACCAACACGACUCAGCAGCGGCCGCCGCGAGCGCCAUGAAUUACGGCGCACCCACCAUGGUUUAUGGGCAAGCGGCAGGACCACACUGCGGUGGCGUCUCCGUAGCAUCACAUUCGGGUUCGAGCAAUGCCAGCGACACACUGGGCAAACUCUACGAUAGUGGCAUGACGGGACGUUAUGGUCAGCAAUAUUGAAUGGGGAAAAAUUAAUUGGGUUGCGUAUUGGAUUGGAUUGACUUGGGUGGGAGACAAUAAAAGUAUUCCACAUAUUUAACUAAUAUAAAGAUAAAACUAGCAACAGAAAACAGGACAUACUAUAUAUACAAAUAUGCACAAGAAC